AUGGACGUUCGCUCGACCUUGGGUGCUAUCUUCGUCGGCUGCCUCGCCUCUGUCGGCCUCUCUUGCAUCGCUAUGGUCCAGUUCGUCAUGUACCUCGGGACGUACCCCCAGGACAGCCAGCAGAUCAAGAUGAUGGUCGUCCUCGUCUGGAUCCUAGACGCGAUCCACACCUCGCUCGUGUGCACCGCGAGCUGGGACUACGUCGUCCUCAACUUUGGACGCCCGGACAUCGCAGACUACAUCCCCACCAGCGUCGCGUGCACGGUGGCUCUUACGGCGAUCAUCACAUUCGUGGUCCACAUCUUCUUCUCGUCGCGGGUAUUCCGGCUCAGCAAAGGCAACUGGUACCUGACGUGUCCGCUGGUCUUGCUGGCGUUUAUGCGCCUCGCUGCCGCGUUCGUCAGCACCGUGAAAAUGGCCCACAUCAAGAGCUUCGGAGGCUUCACGGUCCAAAUCGGCGUGCUGGGUGCUGACCCUCGGCCUGUCGCUCUCCUCGGCCAUCGACAUCCUCAUCGCGUCCUCCAUGUGCCUCUACCUCCAGGUCAGCCGCACGGGCUUCAAAAGGCAGGUCUUUACGACGCGACUUUUCGAUCCUUCGAUCCACGCUUACGGUCGGGUCGUCUGGACGGCAGUAUGGACCGCGUGAUCAACACGAUCAUGAUCUACACGCUCAACACCGGGGCGCUUACUUGCGUCGCGGCCAUCGCGUCUAUGAUCUGCGUGCGUCGCUCUCGCUCCCUUUUUUCCGCCUCGGCGCGCGCUGUGCCCCGCUCAUGCAUAGAGGGCUCCCGCACAAACGUGCGUAACGUUUCCCCCCGCCCCCUCGCUCGCUCCCUCCAUCCACGCACCGUCCCUCGCACCCGCGCUGACCCCCCCAUCCCGCCCCGUCCAGUAUACGCCAACUCUCUCCUCGCAUCGCUCAACAGCCGCCGCUCGAUCAGCGAGAACCCGCAGCUGAUGCCGGACUGCAUCCACUCCACGCCCGGCGCGCUCACGAACUCGUUCAGCAUGCACCGCCGCGGCUCGCGCAUGACCACCAAGCCCGGCCUCGACGACGAGGACGCCGAGAAAACGACAAAGCUCGAGAUCAACGUCGUCCGGACGGUCGAGUUCGACAUCGACCGCGGCGAGCGCGCACAGACGCCCGGUCUGGCCUAG